AUGCCUAUCGAACUCCCCGGCUUGUUCUACCAGAUCCCUCGCAACCCGGCCAUCGCCGUCGGCCUCCCUCUCGCCCUCGGCAUGCUCAACGGCCGCAUCACCAAGACGAGCGUCGAGACCUGGUUCGAGAACCGCCGCCAACCUCCCGGCCAACCUCCUCGCUGGGCCUUCCCCGUCGCCUGGACCUACCUCUACAUCGGCAUGGGCGCCGCGUCGCACCUCAUUGUCAAGGCUUUCGACGCCGCCGUCCCCGGCUCGCCGCUCAAGCUUGUCGCCGACUCGGCGCUCAAGUUGUACUGGGCGCAGUUUGCGCUGAACCAGGCGUGGACUCCGCUCUUCUUUGGCCUUCAGAAGCCCCUCCUUGCGCUGAUCGACAUUGGUGCCCUCACGCCGCUUGUCUACAAGCUCGCCAACGAGGCGUACAAGGUCGACACUCGCACGGCUUUCGCCUUCGUGCCCUACUGCCUGUGGUUGACGUAUGCGUCCUAUCUCAACGCCGGUUUCUGGUGGCUCAACGAGGGCAAGGCGCAGGUCGACAAGGCCAAGAAGAAGGACCUUUGA